GGACGCGGCCGCUCGGUCCCGCCCUGCCCCGCGGGCCGCUCCCCGCUCAGACCGGGGCUGGCGGCGGGGCCAUGGGCCGGGGCUGGGGCCGCGCGCUGCUGCUGCUGCUGCCGCUCUGGGGGGCGGCCCGGGCCGCGGCUCCCCCGCUGUGCAACGUGAGCCUGGAGCAGGAGCCGCGGCAGCGCUGGCUGCCCGCCCUGCGGCACUUCGACCCGGCCUUCCUGCGGGCGGCCGUGGCCCGGGUCAUCGAUGAUUCUGUACCUAAGUGGGUCCAUGCUGCCAUUCAGCCGAUAGCAGAAGAACUGGAGUCUUUUAUCCCUCAACCCUUUGCAGGAGAGAUCCUGGGAAUGUGCAAAGCACUGGGGAUUAGUGCUGGAGAUGGAAUUCUCAUCAAUUUGGCCUAUGAAUUUUCUGCGUUCUGUACCAGUAUUGUUGCUCAAGAUUCCAAGGGAAACAUUUACCAUGGUCGGAACAUGGAUUAUGGUUUUGGAGAUAUUUUACGCAAGAUUACAAUUGACGUGCAGUUUAUGCAAAAUGGGCAGGUAGCGUAUAAAGGUACCACGUUUAUGGGCUAUGUGGGCUUAUGGACCGGACAGAGUCCACACAAGUUUACAAUCUCUGGUGACGAACGAGCUAAGGGAGGAUGGUGGGAGAAUGCAAUAGCUGCUUUCUUGAGUCGAAACGUCCCAGUCAGCUGGCUUAUCAGGGAUACCCUGAGCAAGGCUGCAGACUUUCAAGCUGCCGUUCUCAAACUGGCUGCGACCCCGAUCAUUGCAGACGUUUACUACAUCGUCGCAGGGACGUCGCCCAAAGAGGGCGUGGUCAUCACAAGGAAUAGAAGGGGGCCGGCAGACAUCUGGCCUCUUGAGCCCACAGCCGGAGCGUGGUUCCGUGUAGAGACAAACUAUGACCACUGGACAACCCCUCCUCCAUUUGAUGAUCGAAGAACUGCAGCCAUUAAAGCUCUCAAUGCCACUGGAUGGGAGAAUAUUAAUUUUGAGACCCUCUUUCAGGUAUUAUCAGUGAGGCUGGUCUUAAACAAUUACACAAUAUAUACCACAGUAAUGAGUGCUGCAGUCCCAGACAAGUACAUGACACGGAUCAGAACCUUGGAGUGAACAUGU